AUGAGGUUGUUCUCGCUGAUUCUUUACGCAAUAUGGCCGAUUGGCCUUGCCCUGGGCGCUUCGUCCAAGGGUGGGGAUAAAUACCUGAAAUUCAAGGCGGCGUCAAGGUCUACUGGCGCGAUAACACUGGACGAGGCAAGCUAUCAUGAGCUUACGGCGGCUCCCCGAGAUUACCAUAGCAUCGUGCUUUUGACAGCUCUGGACUCGCGAUUCGGAUGUGAUAUCUGCAAGAUGUUUCAGCCCGAGUGGGAACUUCUCAGCCGGACUUGGAGCAAGGCCAAACUUGGAGAUUCAAAGUUGGUCUUUGGUACGCUUGACUUCUUGAAUGGAAAAGGCGUUUUCCAGCAGCUCAAACUCCAAACUGCACCGAUUGUGCUUCUCCUGCCACCCUCCUCUGGUCCAGGCUCCGAGAACCAGCCGGCUCGAUAUGACUUCAACAGUCCGGUCACUGCAGAGCAGAUGCACGUGUGGAUUAGCCGCCACCUUGCCGGGGUCCCGACACCCAAGCUUGUUCGACCUAUAAACUACACCCGAGUGGCAGGAAUGUUGAUUGGAGCGUUAGCCGUCAUAUCCCUUCUCACUGUGUCCUCCAGAUACGCUGUGCCAAUUUUGCGAAGCCGAAAUCUAUGGACAGCCCUGAGUCUCCUUGCAAUUUUGCUCUUUACUACCGGUCACAUGUUUAACCACAUCCGCAAAGUACCGUAUGUUGCGGGUGAUGGUAAGGGAGGAAUCAGCUAUUUUGCUGGAGGAUUCCAGACCCAAUUCGGCUUAGAAAGUCAGAUUAUAGCUGCUAUUUAUGGUGUUUUGUCCCUUGGUUCCAUAGCUCUUGCUAUGAAAGCACCUAGAAUCCUGGACCCUCAGUCGCAGCGAGUCACUAUAAUUCUCUGGAGUGCCGUGACCUGGGUCAUGUACAGUUUCCUCAUCAGCCUGUUCCGUAUAAAGAACGGCUCAUAUCCACUCUCAAUUCCUCCAUUUUAA